AUGACUGCGAACGCAAACCGAAUGUCGACCCAUACGGCUGGGUCAGGGGAGACGGAGGGACGAAAUGGCGAACAGAAAAAGAACCUUUGGACGUCGAUGCUGGAGUCUGUCGCAAGCGGUAAAAGACUUCCAGAGAAGAAUCUACUGGUCCUAGGAGGAACACCAGAAUCACAGCGAGACUUCCUUGAGUCCCUAUCGAGCCCCGAGUCGAGACGUAUUCUGGACCGGAGUAAGAUCCCUCCAGUCGCCAACAACUUUGCGCUCGGAUACACGUACUACGAUGUCCUUGACGCCGACCAGGACGACACCCUGGCGCGCGUGUCCUUAUACCUUCUAUCUCAACCUUCUAGCGAAUUUUCAACUCUUGUUGCUCCUCUAUUAACCCCCGAAUCUAUACCUAAUACCGCGCUGGUGAUUCUUCUCGAUUGGGCCGAGCCUCACAUGUGGCUGCGCCAGAUCCGUCGCUGGAUCAGCUUGUUCAGGAUUGUCCUCCAGAAACUAGGAGACAAGGAGCAUGCCGAAAUGGAAGAGCAAGUCGAGGCCUGGAAGCAGAGAGGCAGAAGCGGAGGCUCUACAAAUCUAGACGGGACUCCCUCAGCAGCAGGCGCAGCAGGAGAAGCCGACACCGCUCUUCCACAGGGGCCUGGAGAGUGGACGGACCCAUUGGGCCUGCCGCUCUGUGUCGUCUGCCAGAAUUCUCAAAGGAUGGAACUGCUGGAGAAGAACCAGGGCUGGAAGGAGCCGGACUUUGACACUGUCCUCCAAUACCUGCGAACAGUGCUUCUCAGACAUGGUGCUUCUCUAAUCUACACAUCUCAGAACUCAGUCUCCCAGCUGCCCACUCUUGUGCAUUCUACGCUGGGAAUCACCUCGCUUUUAAAACGCCAACCUCUCAAACACAAUGUUAUUGACCGUGAUAAGAUCGUGGUCCCUCCAAAUUGGGACUCCUGGGGAAAGAUUCGGGUGUUGGUAGCUGCAUUUGACGUUGAGGCAGUGUCUCAAGCCUGGUUCGAGGACAUUGAGGGACGCUUUGGCGAGGAGCCCCUGACCUUGGAGAUACUCGAGGAGAACCGGAAAGCUCAGGAAGAAACCGCAGAACCUUUACAGACUGACAGUGCCAUCGCCCGCUACGAGGAUUGGUGCCAGGAGUUUGAUAGCGGCGGUCUGUCUGUCGUAGAACACGCCAUGAACGGCGGCAACAACGUCAACAUCCACAGCGACGAGCCACAGGUAUACCUCGAGUCUCAGCUGAAGAUCCUCGAAGCCUUCAAGGCCAAGACACAACCCGAGAAGAUGUCCAACUUCGAUAUUCUCCUGGCCACGGGCCGUGUUCCGGAGAGAGAGGCCGUCAGCGACCACAUCGGCCCCGUGCAAUUCAACGUGGGAGGCAUCCAGGUAGACGCAGACGAUAUGCUGAGACGCCUCAAGGACCGAAUCGACACCGAUGCACCCGAGGCAGACCAGGACGAGGAGUCUGUCGAGUCGGAAGCUGCCCAGCCCAACGUCACAGAGAAGUACGACAACGAGCAGCUCCAGAGCUUCUUCAACGGCUUGAUCAACCGCGAAAAGACGGCCAGCACACGAAAUUAA